UGUGAUCAUAACCUUCAUUUGUGGUCUGUGGUCAUAACCUAAAAUCUACUAAUGUUUUUAUUGAGAUUUUAUCAAUAAAUUAAUAAAAAUACUUUUGCACAUAGGACGUAAGAUUUCCGUGUACUAAAUACCCUAAAUAAUGCUAUUAUCAUUAUUAAUUAUCAUCUAAUUAGCUUAUUACUUAACUGCAAAAAUGAGCAGAGGCAAAAAGUUCAUGAAUAAAAAGAGAAAAGGUUCCUUCAAAGGCGUAAAUAAAAAGAAGAAACAUAAUAUAAAUAAAGAACAUGAUUCUAAAAAUAAAAAAGCUUUAUUUAAUCGAUAUAAAGACAAACAGAAGGUUGAGGAGGAGCUGGCAAAGAAAAGGCAAAUGGAACAGAGGUUUCAAAAACAACAACCUGUUUCUGAGAGUGAAGAAGAAGUUGAGGAAGAUUCGUAUGGACAACUAGUUUCUUGUUUCAAACAAAAUGGCAAUAAUAAAAUGAUUGCCGAGAGUGAGGGUGACACCUCUGGUGACGAGUCUGACGAUGAUGAGAUGAACGACACAACACAACAAAUGGACACAGAAAGAAACGAGAGUGAUACUGACACUCAUAGUUCUGAUGAAGAAGAUAGUUCAGAAGAAAUUGUAACAGAGCUACAAGCUGAUAAUGAAUUGGAUACCUCAAAUGACCCUUUUACAAAACAUCUUCAAUAUGAUUUAGAAGAUCAGCUCAUUGUUGCAUUAUCAAACACACCAUCAACAGUAAAAAACACUCACAAAAGAUGGCCUACACUUGGAAAUCUAGUAAUUAGUAUACCACAACCACUUGUGACAUCUUCGAAGUUACAGAAACCUAAGUUUUCUUUAUUGGAAGAGAAAAUAUAUGCACCUCUAGCAACAGUGCCUCAUACAAUAAACAAUGUUGAUUUUAAACAACUUCAUCUUAAAUCUCAAAUUCAUGGAAACAUUGUAUCCGCAAAUAAAACGAAUUUAGUGAAAAAAGAUUUGGAGCUCACUGACAUAUUCACUCCCCUGCAAAAGGAAUUGUUGUCUAUCAUGAAUAACUAUCAAGAUCUAUAUUACCCCGAGAGGACAUUCAGUAAUGCAGAUGAAAUCCGAUUUACAUACUGCCUCCAUGUUGUGAAUCACAUGUUAAAAACUAGAACUAAAAUAUUGCAUCACAAUGCAAAAAUUGCUAAAAACUCAAAGGACUUAUCAGAAGAUUAUCAGGAUCAGGGAUUAGUUAGACCAAAGGUACUUAUUAUGGUCCCUUUCAAAGAUGCAGCAUACAGAGUGGUGAAGACAUUAAUAGAUAUAGUGGUACCCAAAGGGUCGGGGCAAGUUGUGAACAAGAAUAGGUUUGAGGAUGACUUCACCGGAGGAGAGAUAUUGAUGCCCACUAAAAAUCCAAAACCAGAAGACUAUGAGCUGUUGUUUACCGGCAACACGGAUGAUACAUUCAGAUUGGGCUUGACGUUGACUAAAAAAACCUUGAAGCUGUACACAGAUUUCUACUCAUCAGACAUACUGAUAGCAUCACCUCUGGGCCUCAGGAUGAUAGUGGGCGCGGAGGGCGAGGAAGACCGCGACUACGACUUCCUGGCCUCCGUAGAGGUGCUGGUGAUGGACCAGGCCGACGUCUUCUACAUGCAGAACUGGGACCAUUUGCUGCACGUCUUGGAUCACUUUCAUUUACAACCCAAAAAGACUCACGGCACUGACUUUUCAAGAGUCCGAUCUUGGGCGGUGAACGGAUGGGCAAAAUACUAUAGGCAAACCUUGGUAUUUUCUUCAGUGUCGCUGCCGGAACUGAAGUCAGUAAUGAACAGAAAGUGUCAGAACUACGCCGGCAAGGUGCUGGUGGAGAACUUCCCUGAAGUGGGCAGCAUUCAGCAAGUAUUAGUACAAGUGCCACAGUUGUUUCACAGGUUCAAUGCGACAAAUCCGCUGUCAUCAGUGGACGCCAGAUUUGAUUACUUCGUGAAGGAGAUCCUGCCGAAGCAACGCGACACGCUCAUGAGCCACACUCUGCUCUAUGUGCCGAGCUACUUCGAUUUCGUCCGCUUGAGGAAUUACUUCAAGAAGGAAGACAUCAGUUUCGUACAGAUAUGCGAAUAUUCGAAGGAUGCAAAAAUAGCUCGGGCUAGAGACAUGUUCUUUCACACGGAAGCACACUUUCUUCUGUAUUCAGAGAGAGUUCACUUCUUUAGAAGGUUAAGGAUAAAAGGCAUCAGGCACAUAAUAUUCUACCAGCUGCCGACUUACCCGCAUUUCUAUUCGGAAAUGUGUAAUCUUAUGCAGGAGAGCAAUCAGAACAAGUACGGCGGCAGCGACUGCAACAUGUCGGUGAGCGCGCUGUACUGCCGGUACGACGCGCCGCGCCUGGCGGGCGUGCUGGGCGCCGCGCGAGCGUGCUCCGCCGCCGCCGCCGAGCGCGCCCUCCACAUGUUCGUCACCGGCGACUGAUACACGAGCGCGCUGUACUGCCGGUACGACGCGCCGCGCCUGGCGGGCGUGCUGGGCGCCGCGCGAGCGUGCUCCGCCGCCGCCGCCGAGCGCGCCCUCCACAUGUUCGUCACCGGCGACUAAUACACGAAUGCCACCAUUACA